GAGAUUUGUGGUCGAGUUGUGGAAUGCUUUGCAUGUGCAGUGCGUGACGACUCUUGGAGGGAAUGGGAGAAAUUUGUGAGUUUCCGGCGUCUCUUUUAAAUUCAGAAGACGUAUCUGUCCGUCUGAUUGAGUAGAAAAGUCGCCACGGGUUGCCACAGAAUGAGUGCCCUCUCGAUUCCUUUGUGUGUUUCGCUUUUGGGGCUUUUCUCUGGCGUUUGCGUUGUAGGUGUUCGCAUUGAUUGUACAACAAUAGAAUCUUCAUGUGGAGCCUGUAUACAGAACAUAGACCCACCAUGUUCCUGGUGUGAGGAUGCAGAAUAUAUGUGGUUGGAGCAGCCAAGAGCAAGGUGUGACAACGUCAAGAAUCAUACUAGAAAUGGCUGCAAGAAGAUAGCAAAUCCUAAAUCUAAUUAUGUUACACAUGAAAGUAAACCACUUAAUGAAGAUGUCAAAGUCACCCCUCAGAAUUUAACUUUGUCACUUAGACCAGGUCAACCAGCAACUAUUAAAGUGGAUGUUAAGAUGCCUGAAAAUUAUCCAGUAGAUCUUUAUUACCUAAUGGAUUUAUCAGGCUCAAUGGUAGAAGAUCUUAAAAAGUUUCCAACUCUUGGCCAGCAGAUAGCUAAAGAAAUGAAGAACAUCACAAACAGAUUCCGUCUUGGUUUUGGAGGAUUUGUAGACAAGCCAGUAGCCCCUUACAUUGACACUGCACCUGCAGCCUUAAAACAUCCACUGGAUGCAACUGCAGCAAACCCUGUCUCUGUUCCAACUUUUGGUUUUAUCAAUCAACUAAAAUUGACUCCAAAUUACUCUGAGUUUGAAAGUGCUGUUCAGCGAGUGAAUAUCUCAGGGAAUAUCGACAAUCCUGAAGGAACUUUGGAUGCACUGAUGCAGAUUGCAGUCUGUGGUUCGAAAAUUGGUUGGACAGACAAGCAAUCAGCCAGGAGAUUGGUUAUUGUAAUAACAGAUGCUAAUUAUCAUUUUGCUGGUGAUGGUUUGCUUGGUGGAAUUAUCAUACCAAAUGAUGGUCACUGUCAUACAGAACAUGGCAAGUACAUGGCCUCAACAACAAUGGACUACCCGUCUCCAGGAUUUCUCAAACAGAAAUUGAUUGAGGAGCAAGUGUCACCAAUCUUUGCAAUCAAUAAAACAAAAGUGCAUGUGUAUGAACAGUACAAGGAACUAGUUGACUUCUUUGGUAAAGAGUCUGGAGCUGUGGUUGAUUUACUGAGUGAAGACUCCUCUAACAUAGUUGAGCUUAUCCGAGAAGCUUAUGAGACAAUUGCCCAAACGCAGACAAUACGCGACACAGCGCCAGAGGGCGUGAGGGUUAAUUACACAGCUUACUGUCCUGAUGGAGUACAAGUUGGGUCCAGGACAUGUGCUAAUGUUCAGAUUGGACAGAAGGUGUCAUUUGAGGUCUCAGUUACCAUUGAAGACUGUAAUCUGAAGGAAAAGAGUUUUUCUCUGGUCACACCAUUUGGAAAUGUGGAUAUAAAUUUGGAUUUUAUUUGUAGCUGCCAGUGUGAGAAAGAUAAGAAUGCAGAAGAAUCAAGCCCUUUCUGCUCUGGAAAUGGCACACUAACUUGUGGACAGUGUAAAUGUGACAAAGAUUGGGCUGGACGAAAAUGCCAGUGCCGAGAUGAAACUAAAAGUUCUCCAGAACAUUGUAUUAGAAUCUCUAGAUCGAAUCAAACUGCUUUGUUAAGGUUACAAGAAAUGGUUCGUAAUCGCAACUUUACGGCAAAGGACAAUUCAUCGGAUGCUGAGGUGUGCAGUGGACUGGGAACCUGCCUGUGCGGAGACUGCCAAUGUGAUAAGGGGUCUCGCCCUGGUGAAAUCAUUAACGGUAAAUACUGUGAGUGUAGCAACAUGGAUUGUCCUUCAGAUCGAGACACUGAUCUGAUCUGUGGAGGUCCUGAUCAUGGCCAGUGCGUGUGUGGGAAUUGUAGUUGUAACGGAAACUGGACAGGCCCAUCUUGCAGCUGUACGACCAGCACUGAGGGAUGUAUGAAGGAUGGGGUGCUGUGUAAUGGUUAUGGCUCCUGCCAGUGCGGUACCUGUGUAUGUAACGGAUCCACUGUGUACAGGGGAAAGUACUGUGAUGAAUGUCCGAGCUGUGCUGGAAAGUGUUCUCUGAACAAAGACUGUGUGCAGUGUUUGGCGUUCAAGAGUGGCGCAAUCAAAGCCGAGGACUGCAGUACUCGCUGCAAAGAUUUCAAGAUCAGUCAAGUCGAUGAACUUUCUCCUGAAAUGGGAGAAAGGUGCACAUUUAAGGACGAUGAUGACUGCUCGUUCAGCUUCAGCUACAAAGAGAACCCUGGCAAGGAUGUGCUUAUAUCCGUCCAGAAGGAGAAAGUUUGUCCCAAAGAAGCCGAAGCACUUGCUGUUAUACUGGGUGUUGUCGGAGGAGUACUGGGUGUGGGUCUAGCUCUGCUCCUUAUAUGGAAGUUGCUCGCUACGAUCCAGGACCGACGAGAAUUCGCCAAGUUUGAGAAAGAAAGACAGAAUGCCCAGUGGGACACAGGAGAGAAUCCAAUCUUCAAGCAGGCGACCACUACUUUCCAAAAUCCCACUUAUGGGGGAAAAUGAGAGAAGAAAACCUCAAUUAUGGAGAGGAAAACUUUAGCUGUGAAUAUCUUAAUAUGGGAGGAAUGUUUUUACGAUCGGCUGCCUUUAUUUUAUGUUUGAUGGAUUGACGAAGGUCCUCCUGAUUGAAGGGUAAAAUAAAGAUCUAAUGCAUG